GAAAGACUGAAGUCAUGGCGGCUGACAGUUUGUAAUGAGCCAACAAAAACAGACAAGAUUCCUCCAAGUUGGAUCUAUAACGUUUUAACUAGGCCCGGGGACAAAAACUCGACAAAAUGCAGAUAACUCUGAAAACCUUGCAACAGCAGACGUUCAAAAUCGACAUCGAUGAAGAGGAGACGGUGAAGACAUUAAAGGAGAGGAUUGAACAGGAGAAAGGAAAAGACCAAUUUUCAGUUGCUGGACUGAAACUGAUAUAUGCUGGUAAAGUCCUCAGCGAUGACACAGCUCUCAAAGAAUACAAAAUCAGUGAGAAGAACUUUGUGGUCGUCAUGGUGACAAAGGCUAAAACAGCCUCCACCACCCCGCAGCCCUCACCUGCCACUUCAGCUCCCAGCACCGCUGCUCCUGCAGCGCCUCCUGCUUCAUCGUCCAGCCCCGAAAACACAUCAGCACGCGCCUCCACAGACGACAAACCAGAGGAGAGACAGUCUUCGACUGCUGAACCAGCUUCCGCACCUGCCGGAAGCUCCGAGGCUUCAACAAACACAAACCUGAUUGAUGAGGCGGUUUCAAAUCUAGUGACGGGUGCAUCAUAUGACGCCAUGGUGAACGAGAUGAUGCUCAUGGGCUACGAGAGGGAGCGGGUGGAGGCAGCCCUGAGAGCGAGCUUCAACAACCCAGACAGAGCCGUGGAGUACCUGCUUACAGGUAUUCCAGGCAGAGAUGCAGGUCAUGCACCAGGACCUGAUGCAGUGGUGCCUCCAGCGAGUGGAGUGUCUACUGCACCCAUAGGCGGUAUUAGCCUUCCUGCCAGCACCGGCUCUUCACCACCUGCUGGGGGAGGUAAUCCCCUGAGUUUCCUAAGGAAUCAGCCUCAGUUCCACGUGAUGCGUCAGCUGAUCCAGCAGAAUGCCGCUCUGCUUCCCGCCCUGCUGCAGGAGAUCGGCAGGGAAAACCCUGAGCUGCUGCAGGAGAUUAGCAGCCACCAAGAGCAGUUCAUCCAGAUGCUGAAUGAACCCAAUCCAGAGGCGGGGCCUGCAGGGCCGGCGGGGCCAGCAGGUGAUGCACCGGGCGGGAGUCAGAUGAGCUACAUCCAGGUCACGCCACUGGAAAAAGAGGCCAUUGAGAGGCUAAAAGCUUUAGGAUUUCCAGAGGGACUCGUUAUACAAGCCUACUUUGCUUGUGAGAAGAACGAGAACUUGGCUGCCAACUUCCUUUUACAACAGAACUUUGACGAUGAUUGAAUAAUUUGUCAUUAUGAUUUUGUUUUUCUUAUUUCUUCCUCUACUUUUUGAUUGCUAAAUAUGUGUACAACAAGCCUUUCACAUUUCCAAAAAAAAAAGAAAGUUUUAUUCACCACUUCACCACAUUCACUUUUCUUAAUAACACUGGAUUGUUUUCAGCUUGUGUUCAAGGACAGGCUGUUGUUUGUGAUCAGUUUGAAAUGGAGGAACAAUUAAAGUACAAUAACAUUGCAUCAGAAA